UUUGUGGAGAGACAAAAACUCCCAGCCUUGCACAAAUAACCCACUGGUGGUCCAAAUUGCGGAGCAGCCCUGUUUCAUCCGGACCUACCUGCUCCACGGUGUGUCCGUGUCCGUGUCCGCGGGGGAUGCUCUUCGCCGCUCUCAACUUUCCCACGCUUAAGCAGGUAGACCUCAUGUGGCGCCUGACGUGCUCAUGAAUGAAAUUUGUCCGAUCUCAUUCAGUCGGCGGGAAUUCCCCGAUUCCCACUGGACAAUAUCAAUGCCCGUUGCCCGAUGCCGAUGAUUCGGAAUCGGGUUUGUUUGGGUUUUGGAUUGUGUCUGUCCUCUCUGUCCUGUCUGGGUUUGUAUCUGCAUUUGAUCCUGUAUUUUGCCUGGCGGCAGGCUGGCCAGGCAAGCCAAUUAUAUAACAAAACAUAUGACAAAUAGUUUUUAGUGCUGCAGGCCUGGAUAUAAUUUGGGAAAUUAAUUGCGCUUUGUGGUAAGCUGCUGGGAAGAAUACCCAGCCAGGACUGUUGCUGUCCUUGUUGAUGCUGUUGGUAUUUUCGGCAAAAGUUAAUACCCCGGAUUAGGCCAAAUGACGCUUAAGACCAUUGUCCGCAAGGCGAAAAAAGGGAAUUUAUGGUAAAAUGAUGAAAGUCGUGAUAAGAAAUGGAGAUUGAUAGUAAAAUAAAGAAAGAUAAUUAUGUAGAUGUAUGGAUGGUGGCCUCACACAAACAGACAUAUGCUCUUACAGUCUGAAUCCUCAAGAUAUGAAGAAAUGAAUGGAAUAGUAAUGAACAAAUUGAAGAAAUUAUAUACAGAUUAAUCUUAUCAAUGAACUCAUAUUCGUGGUACUUUAAAGAUAAUUGAGUUAUGAUAGUACAUACAACAACGUUUCCCGUAAAUUGAGGUGAACCCUUCAUCAAGAUAGCAAUAAACACUAAUUUACAAUGUCGAUUAUUAGAGAACUUCACUCAACGACAAAGUCAUUAUAAAUACACAAACGAUACGGCGAGUAGUAUGCCAGGCGUUGCGAAAAUGUGUGCGGAAAUUUGGUUGAUUGGGUUUUAACACAAUGAAAAUACCGAUUCUCUAAUUAGGUCGAAAAUCUUGCGGCACCGGAAAAGGGUUUUUUAGGCCUAAGCGCCGGAUAAUACAGGGAGAAACAGAGAAAGGGCGAGAAGCCGGGCAGGUAGUCUGAAUUUUGCUCAAUUGGUCUCCGUUUUCAUAUGCCCGGAGACACACACAUGGGCAUCGGCGAUGUGGAAACUUAGAGAAGUGGCACUGGGAGUUUCUGGGCUCGGCUCAGUAGCCAGAUUGGAAUUUCGGAUGGAAGAGGAAAAACGCGACAGAUCUUUGGCAUUUCUAACUUUAAUCAAAGCGAAGCGUGCUGCCAGCGCUCGGCGCCAUGACAUGACAGGGCCAAUAAAUUCGAACGAUCCUCGGGAGUACAUAUGUUUGCUCUCCGUCUAAUACCAGUCGAUGAGCCGGCGCACGAUUAGAUUAGCAAUCAGCGACGAGCGGUAUCACCCGUGUCCAAUUAAGAUAUAGGGGCCCACUCGAGGGUACUCGUGGUUACCUGGCUCCCAGCCCCAUUCGGCUGGGCUUAGUGUCGCUUUGGAUGCGGGCCGUACUGGAUUAACGCGAGAAAGAUUGAGCAUGAUUAUCACAGCGAAACUGGUGGCCAUCGGCCUGAGCCUCGCCCUCACCGCCUUCACCGUCUCCACCAUUGUCCUGGCUGUGCAAAAGUCCAGUUUGAAGAGCGAUCUCCGCGAGGCCCAGGAAAAACUUGAUAUGCUGGAGGCGGGCCUGCAAACGACGUCAACCAGCACGGUGGCUCCUCCGAGCACAGGAACACCUUCAGAAACUGACCCAUCGAGCCCUACCUCAGCCCCUGAAACCACCGCAGAUCCGAUCACCACCGCAGCUCCGGUCACCACCGCAGCUCCAGUCACCACCGCAGCUCCGGUCACCACCGCAGCUCCGGUCACCACCGCAGCUCCAGUCACCACCGCAGCUCCGGUCACCACCGCAGCUCCGGAAGAGAAGAUUGACUAUCGCCUCCCCAGCCGCUUGGAGCCCACCCACUACGAUCUUUAUCUGUUCCCCAAUGUGGAGACCGGAGAGUUUAAUGGGCAGGAAACGAUUACCCUUACCGUCCACGAGGCAACCGAUACCAUUGUCCUGCACUCCCUGGACCUGAACAUUUCGAGCGUGUCUGUCCUUAAGGCCGACUUUUCAAGCGUAGAAGUCUCGGAUAUCAGCUUCGACGCGGUGAGGGAGUUUCUGGUUCUGCAGCUGGCAGAAGAGCUGAGCGCGGGCAUUAACGUGGACCUACAUCUGGGAUUCGCGGGAUCCAUGGCCAACAAGAUUGUGGGACUGUACAGUUCGUCGUAUGUUAAGGAGGAUGAGAGCCGCAAGGUGAUAGCGACGUCCAAGUUUGAGCCCACCUAUGCCCGCCAGGCCUUCCCCUGCUUCGAUGAGCCGGCCCUGAAGGCCACCUUCCAGAUAACCCUCGUGCACCCCGUCGAUGGCGACUACCAUGCCCUGUCCAACAUGAACGUGGAGUCCGAAGUCAAUCAGGGGGCCUACACCGAAGUAACCUUCUCCAAGAGCGUGCCCAUGAGCACCUACCUGGCCUGUUUCAUUGUCUCUGACUUCACCGCGAAAUUCGUUGAGGUGGACACCAAAGGCAUUGGCGAGACCUUUACAAUGGGCGUUUACGCCACCCCCGAGCAGAUCGGAAAGGUCGAUUUUGCCACGGAAGUGGGCAAGGGUGUAAUUGAGUACUACAUUGACUACUUCCAAAUCGAGUAUCCCCUGCCCAAGCUGGACAUGGCAGCCAUUCCCGACUUCGUGUCCGGUGCCAUGGAGCACUGGGGCCUGGUCACCUUCCGCGAGACUUCCCUUCUGUACGAUGCCGAGACGAGUUCUGCGACCAACAAGCAGCGCAUUGCCUCCGUCAUUGCCCACGAGUUCGCUCACAUGUGGUUUGGAAAUUUGGUGACCAUGAAUUGGUGGAACGAUCUUUGGCUGAACGAGGGCUUUGCCAGCUUCAUCGAGUACCUUGGCGUGGAUUCAGUCUUCCCCGAAUGGAAAAUGAGGGACCAGUUCAUUUAUAGCACAUUGCAUGCAGUUCUGACCUUGGACGGAACUUUGGGCUCCCAUCCAAUCAUCCAGACCGUGGAGAACCCCGACCAGAUCACGGAAAUCUUCGACACCAUCACCUACUCCAAGGGAUCCUCGCUGGUGCGCAUGGUGGAGGACUUUCUGGGCGAGACCAUCUUCCGCCAGGCCGUGACCAACUAUCUGAAUGAGUACAAGUACACAACCGCCGAGACGUCCAAUUUCUUCGCCGAGAUCGAUAAGCUGGGUCUGGACUACAAUGUGACCGCCAUCAUGCUGACGUGGACAGUCCAGAUGGGUCUGCCAGUUGUCACGGUGGAGAAGAUCUCCGAAACUGAAUACAAAUUGACGCAGAAGCGCUUCUUGUCGAAUCCCAACGACUAUGACGCUGAUCACGAGCCCUCGGAAUUCAACUACCGCUGGUCAAUACCCAUCACAUACACCACCAGCGGCGAGUCGACUGUGCAGCGGGUCUGGUUUUACCAUGACCAGAGCGAAAUCACCAUUACUCUGCCAGCUGCUGUGCAGUGGAUCAAAUUCAACUCUGAGCAAGUGGGCUACUACCGAGUAAACUAUGCUGAGGCGCUGUGGGAGUCGUUGGCCACAGAGCUUGUGACCACGCCCAGUACCUUUAGUUCCGGAGAUCGCGCCUCCCUGCUGAACGACGCCUUCGCCCUUGCGGACUCCACGCAGCUGCCGUACGAGACCGCUUUCGACAUGACCAAGUAUCUGGACAAGGAGGAGGACUAUGUGCCCUGGAGCGUGGCCGCCUCGAAGCUGACAUCUCUUAAGCGUACACUCUACUAUACGACCAGCUACGUGAAGUACAAGAAGUAUGCGACGGCUCUGAUCGAACCCAUCUACACUGCCCUCACUUGGACAGUGGGAGAGGAUCACCUGGACAAUCGUCUUCGGGUGACGGCCUUGAGUGCCGCCUGUUCCCUGGGUCUGGAAUCUUGCCUCAGCGAGGUGGGAGAGCAGUUUAACAGUUGGCUGGUUAAUCCCGAUGAGCGCCCCAAGCCAGAUCUCCGCGAGACCAUCUACUACUACGGCAUGCAAUCGGUGGGAAACCAAGAGAUCUGGGAGAAGGUCUGGGAGCUGUUUGUCAACGAGGCCGAUGCCAGCGAGAAAUCGAAGCUGAUGUACGGCCUGGCCGCUGUGCAGGAGCCCUGGAUCCUGCAGCGCUACAUUGACCUGGCCUGGAACGAGGAGUACGUGCGAGGUCAGGACUACUUCACCUGUCUGACUUACAUUGCGGCCAAUCCGGUGGGCGAGUCCCUGGUCUGGGAGUAUGUGCGCGAGAACUGGCAGAAGUUGGUAGAUCGCUUUGGGCUGAACGAGCGGUAUCUGGGCAACCUUAUACCGUCGAUCACGGCUCGCUUCAGCACCCAGACGAAGCUCGAGGAAAUGGAGUACUUCUUCGAGAAGUAUCCCGAAGCAGGAGCCGGAACUGCGGCACGCGUGCGCGCCCUGGAGACGGUGAAGAACAACAUUGUCUGGUUGUCCGAAAAUCUCGAAGCCGUCGACGCCUGGCUGGACAAUCAGCAACUGUAGAUCGAGGUUGAAGCGGACGAGAAUGAGUCCAGAAAGUGGCCAUCAUCGUACAUUGGUCUUUUUUUUUAGCUUGUACUCAUAUAAUGGCUGCUAUAAAGCGACUAUGCUUAACAACUGAAAAUAAAGAUAAGCUAGUUUUGGGAAAAAA